GCCAGUAUUUAUUACCUAUCCCUAACUAUCUAGAAAGCAGUUAGGAAUCAACCACGUUGUUGUGCAUCUGAAGUGAUAUCUCAGCAGACCAGUGCCAACAGAGGAUAUAUGGACAGUGAAGUACAAAGAGAUGGCAGAAUUCUGGACCUUAUUGAUGAUGCAUGGCGUGAGGACAAACUGCCGUAUGAAGAUGUGGAAAUACCACUAAGUGAACUUCCAGAACCUGAACAGGAUAAUGGAGGAACGACUGAAUCUAUUAAUGAACAAGAUAUGAAAUGGACUGAUCUAGCCCUACAAAACCUGCAUGAAAAUACCCCCUCUGCAGGAAGCUAACAUCAUUACAAACAUAGGCUUAUUUCUCUAUUACCAUACUCUUCUCUUGCCAGAUGUGUUGCUGUCAGAGAGCUUGGUCUCAAAUGAAGAUGUACUGUCAGACAUUGUGUCUAUAUCAUUGCCAGUGUUACAUAUCAGAACUAAAACUUGACAAACACAUUCAGUUUGCCCAUGAAGAAAUAUAUGCAUAAUAACAAAAGUACAUAUUUAGCUGUCAAAAUUUAGCCCUACUUAUUUUAGCAUUCAAGUAAAUAACUUAUUUUUAUUGAAUAAAACAAUAGGAAAACAAUGCUGUGUUGUGAAAAUAAUUCCCAUGAUAACAGAAUGUUAUUCCCUCAUUACAACAGGAUUUCACCUUAAAUAAUCCUGUUACAUAACAGAUUUCACCUGUUUAGAAAUAAAUAAAAAUAUUACGAAUCGCUGCACUGGGUUGCAGCAUUAAAUUCUAUAAUUCAUUGUAGUCUUACCACAGGAAAGCAUUUAACAUUUUAUGUCAGUAAAAUAGGUCUGGUUCCAAAUUGUGUGAUGAAAUACUCAAGGAAUAGAGUCAUUCAGCAUGGAAACCAGACCCUUCGGUCCAAUUCAUCCAGACAUCGCAAUCUGACCUAAUCCCAUUUGCCAGCAUUUGGCCCAUUAAGCCGUUCUAUUCUUAUGCCCAUCUGGAUGCGUUUUAAAUGUUGUAAUUGUUCCUGCCUCCAAAUGCCUGCAAGCAUCUGCUGGAGCCUAGUGAGAUUUCAAUCAAAUUAAUGUAGUGCAAUCAAGAGUAGUUUAAGUAAUAUCACUUUUGAAAAACAAUGCUUAUGUUUGAUUUUUGAGUUUUACACAGUCUUUUUGUUGGAUUUUAGGCUAUUUUAGCUUGAGGCUAUCUUUGUAAGAAGUGACUGUUGCAGCUUUGAUUUUGUUUGUUGCUAAAACUACAAUAAAAAUUUAGCAAUAUAAAGAGAA